CCUCGCUCUCCACGUGCGUCUCCCCCCGUUUCGCUGUGCCGCGGCGGGUUCCUCCGCGUGGCGUGGAGCCGCCAUGCAUCCCUUGCGUCCGGGUGUCGUGCAGACACAGAAGGACCUGGAGGCCGCGAACAUGCUGCGGAGCCGCUUACAAGGCUUCGGUGGGGUGGCGCCGGCGCAUCUCCCGGGCCACGACAUCAUCAACUUCCUCCAGCAGGUGGCCACUGGAGGCAGCUCGGCGGCCGCACCGACGCCCAAGGUCGCCCCCAUCGUCGUGCCCGCCGUGGUCGCGCCGACCACGGUGCCAGCGCCGCGUUCGGGGGGCCCAAAGCAGAAAGGAGCGCAGCAUAGGGCGCUUCGGGGCGAAAAAGGGAUUUUGGUUUUGGAGCCACAAAUAGUCCACAGAAUCAGAAUUACUGAUCAUGGAGUGUCCAUGGGUCUCGCCGAAACCGGGUCUCGACCGAUCCGAACCCUUCGGACACCGGUGCACGACACCGAUCUCGACCGUUUUGGGGUCGUCGUACUCGUGCGACCGAGGGGACGGCAAGCUGAGAUCACAGCAACGCCGUUCUUGAUGAAUAUACCAACCGGCCUGUUCGUGUCUAUCAGUCGCCGAAAAGAGGAUCAGUCAGACCCUGAGAGGUAUUGGGCACAGAAGACCACAUGGGUUGAGGAGUGAUUUCCGGGUUGAGGAGUUCAAUUCGCAUGGGACAAGUUGUUGAACGUGCAGAUGCGCGAGUCACUGCAAGUCUGCGUGUGUUUUCUUCAGCUGGGAGAUUGGUAAUGUCAUGAUUUGCUGUACUUCACUCGCUGCUUCCCAAUUGUUGAGACCUUUCUUGCACCGGCUGACUUUGCUUACAAUACAACAUAAUACAACCAAUUUUGAACUAAACUAUGGCCAUGGCAUGUAUUGUAUUGUAUUGCUGGAUGAACUACUACGGUCACUUUGGAUGGUGAUAGUGAUCCGUGACCUCUAAGAACUUCAGCUGGGCUGCCCAGCUGCAUCGUCAGGUGCGCCAGUGGCCCCACAUGCGCACCCCGGUGGACAUCAUGCGCCGUGGCACGCAGCUCAUGGCGUGGCGGAAGGUUUCGCUGCCACGCCGACACCCUCGCCUGCCUCGCCGCCUGCGCCGACAGCGCCAGGGCCUACCUUUAGCAAGGCCACACCGGUGCCGCCGCCGAAGACUCUCACCGACGAGCGUGAACGCUCGUCCUCGACCCGUGCAAGCGCCACGGACGAGGACCUGGCGCAGGCGCUGUCCAGCCACCUGCAGAACCCCUCAGGGGCACCCACUGCGGAACUGCUCCAGGCCUUAGCGAGGGCCGCCCAUCUGGAAGAUGAGGAGGUUCCCAAGCCGCCGGCCUUUGAUUCCUGGGAGACCCAGGUGGCCUCCCCACCUCCCCCGCCGGAGGGGGAGCCCGGGCCGUCGCUGAGGGCCCAGGAGCCGCCCCCGCCGCCGGACGAGCCGAGCUUCGGGGGUCGCGCCGCACGGCACGGAGCCUUGAAUCAGCUCGCCCGGAACGCUGUAACUGCGGCAGGCAGUUCGGUGGAGGCCCAGGCCGCUGCAAAGGCAGCUGUGGAGCAUUUAAUGAAGUCGCUGGAGGGGAAGACUCCGGCAGAGCUCCUGGAAGCUGAUGCAGGAUCGUUGGAUGGUGAAGGGCACGAUGCCAGUGCUCGCGCUGUGGCCAUCGCGGCCGCGGGGCCGGAGACCUGCACCUUUCGCUAUGACCUCACGCCCAACGACGACGCCGAGGCCACCUUCAGGAACAUUCGAAGACGGAUUGAAUUGGAGAUGAGUGACGGCUGUGUGGUGCAGAUCAGUCUUCAAAUGGUGAGGCGACCUGCGCAGAGAUAGGCCUUCUCACUCCGGCUUCGGA